GUGACAAAGUGUGCGGUUGUGUGCAUACGUACGUCCGGCGUGCUGACACACCCACAAACACAGACAGUACAGUACAGUACAAUACAGAACAGUGCCGCACAUCACACUGUCCCUUAGAAUUGCCUUGCCUGUCUGGCCGCUCGCUCUUCCCCUUGUGUGCGCUGCGCACGCCUACGCUGUCUUUUUCUCGCGCUCAUGGAUGGAUGUGUUCGCGCUUCCGUCUUUCCCUUUCCCCUGUCUGUCCGUCCGUCCGUCUGGCUCACUCCCUCACCUUCUGACGCUUUGCCGACUGACUGACUAGCGAGAGGGUGGAUGGAAGGGUGACUGACUUGUGCAGUGCAGCAGUAAGUGGGGGCGGGCGUGUACGCUAUGCGUGGGUGUAAGUAAGAGGGAGGGAGGGAACCCUUUGGUUGGAUGGAUGGAUGGACCGUGUGUGCGUUGGAACAACUGACUGGCGAAUUGACGGAUUGAUUGACGAGUCGAGCAGAAGCAGAGGUUGCUCACGUAAGCACGCGCAAAAAUCUGUUUAUUCGUCAUCUCACACGCACAUGAUCUCUCCGUCGCCUCGCGCAGCGGCACCGCACCCACUUCAUUUACACACACUGCAGACAAGACACUUCAGGCAGGCCUCUCUCCCCCACCCACCACCCACAGGCACGCAGGCAGACUUACAGACAAACCCUCCCUCUUAUCUAGCAUCAGCAGGCCCGCUCGAGCAUCCAGCCCACGGCACCGCACCUCAGAACACGCCCUGUGUGUCAUCCAUCCCAUGCAUCCACACACACAACCACACACAGUUCAUUCAGCCGUAUCGGUGGUCCGAGAGUCAGCAUAUAUAUGGCUGUGUGUUGUGUGGGGCUGGCUCACCUGUCCGUCCCCAAAUGGCGAGAUGUGGCCAGAGAGGAGCUGCUCGAGGGUGGCCUGGCCUGUCAGGAACUGCUGGAUCAACAUGCCGGCCGUCGCAACCAUCGCCAGACGACCGUUCUUCAACUCGCGAAGCUGCAUCUGAUGGAUGGACCAAACGACGAAGAACCACCCACCGACACAGACCAGACAGACACACAGAGGGGAGAGCGUGUGACGAGAACAGUCCUCUGCCGCCUUGGUGUGGCUGCCAGGUGAGUGAGUAGUGAGUCCCCUGACCUACCUUUUCGAAGGCCUCCGGGUUGCUGGCCAGUCCCAGCUUCUGCUGCAGGUUCAGCGGGUCAAACCCCAGAUCCCCCGGGGCGGCCGAGUCGGCCCUGUUGAGCGCCGCCACCUCGAUGGCGCCGAUCGCCAGAAGCAGCUGAAUGAUAGCCCCCGGCCGCUCGUUGGCCACCUUGACGAGCGCUGGGAUGCCCUUGGUCUCGGAGAAGACGCCACUGGGGUCAGGCAGCUGCACCACCUCCUGAGUGGUGAGGCCCAGGGCGGCGAGCAUGCAGAUGCGGCCGUGCUUGAGCUCCGCAGCACGGUACCAUGACAGGGUCUCUGGUUCGAGGUCGCCCGCUGCCAGCUUCCAAGGGUCAAAGUUGGGAGCUUCAAUGUCGGAUCCCACCAAGCCGCCCGGUGGACCCUCGGCCUGUAGGCGAGAGGGGGACAGGGAUUGCCGGAGGGAUCCCCUGACGCUGCUGCCGCUGGCUGGUGGGGAUGGAACGAAGGCGUGAGCCACGACCGCAAGAAGAGCCAAGAUGACCGCUACUGCCUUCAUCUUCCAGACCGGGGGG